GCAGUCUAGCUAGAGUGAUACUAGUGAUAGGUGGUACAUAUUCAUUAUUGGUCUAAGUCUAGAUAUCUCUCAAAGUUUACCUGAUUUACAAUACGAAUACAUUGCAAUUGACAUAAUCCAGUAGUAGUGAAUAUUCUCAAAGUUAUCCUUUUCUAGAAAAGUUAACCAGUCAUUAAAUCCUUUGACCGUUUUAGAAAAAACAAAAUAGUUGAAAAGUUUUGUUUGAAAAUUUAUAAGUGGUAGUUUUGGCAGACCGUGUUUUUCUUUUAUUUGGUCAGAGAAAUUAAAUGGCUGAAUCGUGGCAGGCUCCUCCAAAGCAGGGCCUGUACGACCCGCAGUUCGAAAGAGAAGCGUGUGGUGUUGGCUUUAUAGCUGCUAUUGAUGGUAAACGUCAAAAUAAAAUAGUUCGCGAUGCUCAACGAUUGGCUGUGUCUAUGAACCAUCGUGGCGCAUGCGCCUGUGAUAACGAUACCGGUGAUGGUGCCGGAGUACUUACUGCUAUUCCACAUGAUUUCUACUAUGCUAAACUCAAGGAUGAGCAAAAUAUACAACUGCCAGUUUUCGGCCAGUACGCAACUGGCAUCUUUUUUUUGGAUAAACUGCAUCACCAAGAAUCCGAACAAAAAUUUUCAGAGUUGGCAGAGGAACUGGAUGUGUCCGUGCUGGCUUGGCGUACCGUACCAACCAACAAUUCCUCCAUAGGAGCUGUUGCGAAAAAUUCUGAACCGUUUAUGAGACAGGCGUUUAUAACCCUGAAGAAUCCAGUGGAUGAGUCUGAACAAGAUAGAACUUAUUUCAUACUGCGUAAGCGCGCCAGUCACCAAAUUCCAGCUCCAGGAAAACGUUUCUACAUUUGUUCUUUGAGCCGAAGAACUGUGGUUUAUAAAGGUCAGUUGACGUCCGACCAGUUAUGGACCUAUUUCCCUGAUUUGGUAGAUCCCAUGUAUGAUACUUACUUGGCCCUUGUGCAUACUAGAUUUUCCACCAAUACUUUCCCCAGUUGGGAAAGAGCGCAUCCCCUGAGGAUGUUGGCCCACAAUGGAGAAAUAAAUACAUUACGAGGCAAUGUGAAUUUGAUGAAAGCCAGAGAGGGUGUUAUGAAGAACGAAGAUUUGGGUAACAAACUAAAAUCUUUGUAUCCUGUAGUGGAACCAAACCUAUCUGAUUCCGGAUCUGCUGAUUGCGUCCUCGAAUUUUUAGUGCAUGCAGGAAAUAGAACUCUACCAGAGGCUGUAAUGACAAUGGUUCCGGAGGCUUGGCAGAAUGAUCCCACCAUGUCUGAAGACAAACGUGACUACUACCACUGGGCAGCUUGUACGAUGGAACCGUGGGACGGCCCCGCUUUGAUUUCCUUUACAGAUGGAAGACUGAUAGGUGCGAUUUUGGAUCGUAACGGGCUGCGGCCUUCGAGAUUCUAUAUCACCAAAGACAAUAUGAUGAUUAUGGCUAGUGAGGUCGGUGUAUACGAUGUAGAUCCGUCGAAUGUUAUCUUAAAGAGUCGUCUAAAGCCAGGUAGGAUGUUGUUAGUUGAUACCCAAUCAAAAACAGUUAUUCAAGACAUUACCCUAAAACAGGAAAUCGCAAGAUCCAGGCCACAUUCAGAAUGGUUAAAAGAACAGAUUUCCAUGGACGAACUUAGAAAGGCUCAUCUAGAUGCUAAGCGAACAGUUAAACCAAAGUACGAGACCAGCGGAUUGGGCGACAAAAGGUUGCCACUGUAUGGGUACUCGACGGAAACCAUUUACAUGCUUUUGUUACCAAUGAUUAAUAACAAGAAAGAAGCUUUAGGAAGUAUGGGUAACGAUGUUCCUCUGGCCUGUUUAUCAAAUUUUGCUCCUCUUCUUUACGAAUACUUCAAGCAACUGUUUGCCCAAGUAACUAACCCUCCCAUUGACCCUUUCCGUGAAAAAGUUGUAAUGUCAUUACAAUGCCCAAUUGGACCCGAAGACAAUAUUCUCAUGCCAAGUUCAAAACAGGUUCACCGAUUAUGGUUAAAGAGUCCAGUAAUUUCUAUAGCAGACCUGGAGGUUUUAAAGCAAACCACCCACCGUAAUUGGAGUUCUUGUGUCAUUGACAUCACGUUUCCUGCCGAAGAAGGUGUACAAGGAUUUCUAAAGAAACUUCAUAAUAUAUGUUUAGAAGCAGAUGAAGUGGCCAAAAAUCAUGAAAUCAUUGUGUUGUCCGAUCGACUAGCAUCAAAAGAUAGAGUACCUCUUAGCAGUUUGUUAGCACUAGGGGCUACCCAUCAUUACAUGAUAGAAUCUCGUUCAAGGAUGAAAGUAGCUUUGGUUGUGGAAACAGCAGAAGCCCGUGAGGUCCACCACAUUUGCGUCCUUCUUGGUUAUGGAGCAGAUGCCAUAUGCCCAUAUUUAGCUUUGGAAUUGGCCUCCAGUCUGCGUGACCAAGGCGUAUUGGAUACUAACUUGACAGAUGAAAUGAUCUUUCAAAAUUAUGCUCAAGCUAUGUCUACAGGUAUCAGUAAAGUCAUGGCAAAGAUGGGUAUUUCUACAUUGCAAUCCUACAAAGGUGCCCAAAUCUUUGAAGCGGUAGGAUUAGCUGAAGACGUUAUAGAAAAAGCUUUCAGAGGAACCCCAUCAAGAAUAGGUGGUGUCAACUUAGAAUUGCUUGCAUCUGAAGCCUUCGAACGACACCAAAAUGCUUAUAAAGUUAGUCCAGAUUCGUUGAUCGUUAGAGACAUUGGUAACUAUCAUUGGAGAGCUGGAGGAGAGAAACAUUUGAAUGAACCUUCCAGUAUUGCUGCUCUUCAGGAAGCAGCAGUUAACAAUAACAAAACUGCUUACGAAAAAUUCAAAGAAUCAAAUAUGGAAUCAGUAAGAAACUGUAUGUUACGUGGCCGCUUGAACUUAAGAACUCUCGACCAGCCUCUGCCAUUAAAUGAAAUCGAGCCUGCUUCAGAGAUCGUUAAACGAUUUGCUACUGGAGCUAUGAGCUUUGGAUCUAUUAGUUUGGAAUCACACCAGACACUCGCUAUAGCUAUGAAUAAAGUUGGAGGCAAAAGUAAUACAGGAGAAGGAGGUGAGGAUCCGGAAAGAUAUCUAGACCGGGACAAACGAUCCUCUAUCAAACAAGUUGCUUCUGGUCGAUUCGGUGUUACAUCUUCGUAUUUGGCCCAUGCUGAUGACUUACAAAUUAAGAUGGCUCAAGGUGCCAAACCAGGAGAAGGAGGUGAACUUCCAGGGUAUAAAGUAUCCACCGACAUAGCAAAGACCAGACAUUCAGUUCCAGGUGUUGGUCUUAUUUCUCCUCCUCCCCACCACGACAUCUACUCCAUCGAAGAUUUGGCAGAAUUGAUAUACGAUUUGAAAUGUGCUAAUCCAAUAGCGAGAAUCUCCGUCAAGCUUGUAUCGGAAGUUGGAGUGGGAGUUGUGGCUUCCGGCGUAGCUAAAGGUAAAGCAGAACAUAUCGUCGUUUCUGGACAUGACGGUGGCACAGGUGCCAGCUCUUGGACAGGUAUCAAGAGUGCUGGAUUGCCAUGGGAAUUGGGUAUUGCGGAGACACAUCAAGUUUUGGUUUUGAAUAAUUUAAGAUCCAGGAUUGUACUCCAGGCUGAUGGUAAUAUAAGAACAGGUUUUGAUGUAGUGGUGGCUGCUUUACUAGGAGCUGAUGAGAUAGGUUUCAGUACAGCCCCGCUCAUUGUUAUGGGUUGUACCAUGAUGAGAAAGUGUCACUUGAAUACUUGCCCCGUUGGAAUUGCUACCCAAGAUCCUGUGCUAAGAAAGAAAUUCACAGGCCAACCUGAACACGUUAUAAACUACUUGUUUAUGCUUGCUGAAGAAGUGCGAGCACAUAUGGCCAACCUUGGUGUCCGCACCUAUCAAGAAUUAGUUGGACGAACCGACCUUCUCAAAGCUGUUGAAAAUGGAUCGCAAAAAGCCAAAUCCCUAAACCUUAAUCUAAUUUUGCAAAACGCUCUGCAUAUGCGACCUGGUGUCAAUAUCAAGGGAGGUUCUGUGGCUCAAGACUUCCAGUUGGAACAAAGAUUGGAUAACGAACUGAUCGCCAAAGCCAAACAUAUAAUUGAUGGAACUCAUAAAAGGGUAGAUAUUGAAAUGAAGAUCAAUAAUGAAGUUAGAGCAUUUGGGUCUACUUUGAGUUACCAUAUUUCAUGUAAAUACAAUGAAAAUGGUUUACCAGACGGCAGUGAAAUAAAUAUCAAACUGACAGGAUCAGCUGGACAAAGUUUUGGAGCAUUUUUAGCCAAAGGUGUUAAAAUUACACUUGAAGGGGACGCUAACGAUUAUGUUGGUAAGGGUCUAUCAGGUGGAACUAUAGUAAUUUACCCUCCCAAAUCAUCUCCAUUUGAAUCCCACUUGAACGUUAUUGUUGGCAAUGUAUGUCUAUAUGGCGCGACUACAGGAAAAGCUUUUAUGAGAGGUAUCGCAUCAGAACGUUUUGCAGUGAGAAAUUCUGGUGCAAUAGCUGUCGUAGAAGGCGUAGGUGAUCACGGUUGCGAAUAUAUGACCGGAGGAAUCGUAUUGAUUUUGGGUCUUACCGGCAGAAAUUUUUCCGCCGGUAUGUCUGGAGGUAUCGCUUACGUAUGGGACGUCGACGGCAAAUUCUCUACCAAAUGCAACAUGGAGAUGGUCGAACUUUGCAAACUGGAAGACAAAGAAGACGUUGAGCUGGUGAAAUCCCUACUUAAAGAAUUCCAAGAAGAAACGGGUAGCUUGAUUGCUCAACAACUAAUAAACGAGUUUGAUAGUCGUCGCAAAGAAUUCGUUAAAGUGUUCCCCUAUGAGUAUCAAAGAGCUUUAAAACAAAAAGCAACUGAAAUUGCUAUUACUCAAUCUCAACCUGUUGAACUUAAAAUAAAAGAUAUUGAAGAUACUAUCGGAGAUACUACUCAAGAGCAGAAGAAAGCCGAAAGGGCUCUGGAUAAGACAAGAGGAUUUAUGAAAUAUCCGAGAGAAAUGGCCCCUUACCGACCUCCAGACAAGCGUAUGAAAGACUGGGACGAAAUUUACAACUUCAAUCAUGUGCGUAAAGGUUUACGGGUACAAGCAGCCCGAUGUAUGGAAUGUGGGGUGCCCUUUUGUCAAUCCAAUAGUCAUGGAUGUCCUUUGGGAAAUAUUAUUCCGAAAUGGAACCUUCUGGUUUUCCAGAAUCAAUGGAGACAGGCUCUGAAUCAUCUGCUGCAGACAAAUAACUUCCCCGAGUUUACAGGACGGGUGUGUCCAGCACCAUGUGAAGCUGCGUGUGUACUUGGUAUUUCUGAACCGAGUGUUACCAUUAAGAAUAUCGAAUGCUCCAUAAUUGACCACGCGUUCGAGAAUGGCUGGAUUGUACCCCAGAUCCCAAUAAAUCGUACUGGUCGGCGUAUAGCUGUUGUGGGCUCCGGCCCUGCUGGUCUGGCGUGUGCAAAUCAACUUAAUAAAGCCGGUCAUUCAGUAACUGUUUUCGAACGAAACGAUAGAGUUGGGGGACUACUGCAAUACGGAAUACCUACGAUGAAAUUAAGCAAAAUAGUUGUCCAAAGAAGAGUUGAUAUUUUAGCUGCCGAAGGCAUCGAAUUUAAGACAAAUGUUAACGUAGGGAAGGAUAUCUCAGCAAAAGAAUUAAGUGAAGAGUAUAAUGCCGUUGUGCUUACGACAGGGGCUACAUGGCCGAGAGAUUUACCACUUCCAGGUCGUCAGUUGAAUGGCAUUCAUUUCGCAAUGGAAUUCCUGGAGAGUUGGCAAAAGAAACAACUCGGUGCCAAUUUUGAUGGGCCUCAUGCCAAAGACAAAAAUGUGAUAAUAAUAGGCGGUGGUGAUACUGGCUGUGAUUGCAUUGCCACUUCUUUAAGGCAAGGUGCUGCUUCGAUAACCACUUUUGAAAUUCUACCGGAACCUGGACCGAAAAGAUCUAACGACAAUCCAUGGCCUCAAUGGCCUAGAGUCUUCAGAGUGGAUUAUGGACAUGAAGAGGUAAAAGUUCGUUUUGGUUCCGAUCCAAGGGUGUUCAGCAUUAUGACACAAGAAUUUCUCGAUGACGGUAAAGGCUAUGUUAGUGGCGUGAAAACUGUCAACGUGGAGUGGGCCAAAGACGACAGUGGACGUUGGCAGAUGAACCAAGUACCUGGAACAGAAAAAAUCUUUAAAGCGGACCUGGUUCUUUUAGCUAUGGGCUUCUUAGGACCGGAAAGAGCUAUUGGUGAUCAGCUAGAGCUUACGUUGGAUGCUAGAUCCAACUUUAAUACCAAGGACUACAAAACUAAUGUAGACAAUGUUUUUGCUGCUGGAGAUUGCAGAAGGGGUCAAUCUCUUGUAGUAUGGGCUAUUGCCGAAGGUCGCCAGGCUGCCAAAGUCGUGGAUGAAUUCCUAAGAAGAGAUCGGUCUCUGUUGCCAGGGUCAGGUGGUAUCGUUCAACCGUCAUUUCAAGAAGUACCCUGCCUAGUUUAAAUUCAAAUUAGUUACUUAGUUUUUUUUUUCUGCUUCAUGAAUACUUGUUUUGAGUAUUUUAUAUAUUAUUGAUGUUGCGUUUUAUAUAGCAAUUGCUUUAACAUGAUAUAUUCUUUUUGAGAUUUUACAGUACUUAUCGUUAAAGUAUAUUUUUUAAAAUCC